AUGUCCAUGCAGCCACUUCAAGAGAAAGAGGAAGCGGACUACACCCCAGAGAUUGUAGCUGCCAAAGAGCCAACUCAUGAUCCACCUUCUCCAGCUAGACCUCCAUUCAUUUCCGCGUUCCCGUUCAUAUCGACUGCUGCGCGGGUAUAUCUCGAAAGCUUGCACGACCAGUUAGCCACACUCAUCAAAACAGGCGGAUUCUUUGUCCCUUGGGCGGGAAGAAGGCGACCACGAAGCGCUAUCUACUCGAGUCCAGACACGCUGGCUCAUAUCCAGACCCUUGGGCUUAACACGAUGGAUGUUAGAGAUGAUUUCAACCUUUCAACGCACGACUUGGGCAGGUUCUCAAGGGAACCUGUGCUCAAAGAACGUCUUUCACGUCUUUUCUCCCCAAACAACAAUCAGUUCCUCGUCAACGGCUCCGCAUCUGGCAAAACCCGCCUGUGCUAUGAAGGAUUAUGCAAUGCUUGGGGCCUUUAUUUCACUAUCGUCGUUGACGGAGGACGAUUGGGUAGUCUCGAUAUUCAAAACACGGUCGAAAAGUGCUCAAGGGGCUCAUGGAGUGUUUCAGCGUACGAACUCGUAACUCAACAAUUUGGCGCCAUCUUACUGACGCGCUUACUCUUCCUUCUCUACUUCCUGGACAUCCUUUCUGUGAAUGGCGCGGCACUGAAUGACCAAUAUAAACUGCAGUGGCUCCAGUUCCAACUUCACCCUCGCUCUGUGUACACCGAAGACAGUCCCGAAUGCUUCUUCGGUCUGGCGGAACUGCUCAUCGAGCAUGACUCUGCAUAUAUGGCGAAGAACAUCGCCAAUGCGCUGAGGCAGAUAAAAAAAGCUAUUGGAGCCGACUUCGAGAAAGGCUUUUUUAUUGUCAUCGAUGAGGCUCAAGAGGCACUCGAGCAGUCUGCGAUGGGAGAAUCCCUCAACCAACGUCGCCAGCCUCUGCUCGUCGAUCUUCUGCAAUGGACUUCAGACACCGGAGCGUCUGACGACCCCGAUGAGUAUGAAGCCUAUGUGUCGAAAUUCCUUCCCCCUCUUCUUCGCGAUAGCUCGUCCGGGCAUCUACUGAUGGCGCGAAUGUGGCGCUGGCUUAGAGGAAGGUAUCGACUAACGGAUGGGUUUCUUACCAUCCUUAUUUGUGAGGGUCUAGAUUACCCACAUACCUGCCUCUCGGAUUACCUCAAGACGAUGACUCACCUUCGGCCCUUGGAUGUGGUCCAAAUUGAGGAAACCGAGAAAACCCCCCCUGGAUGGGGUUGGACGAAUCGUCUUGGGCGACUGAAUACAGAAAACGCCCCAACUCAUAUCAAAGAAUUCGUUACCGAAGCGUUGUAUCGUACCAUGGCCACUCACGAAUCCUCUCCCUUUGGCGCUGAAAAUGCGGAACUCGUGAAUCGAGGAUAUGGCUACUGGACCGACGACAAACUGACAGUCGGGGUUCUAAAUGAGCCAUCUCUUCUUGCCAGCGCUGCUCGAAGCUGGUUUCCGCUUCCAGAACGGCCUUAUAGGCAGGAACCGAAUCGUUGGCCUGCGACUUUUAUUGGCACGCUGGAUCUCAAUCCUCCAAGUACGCCUGAUGGAGUAGCACAUUGUCUUGUGUUCUAUUUCUCGCAGGUGUUCGGAACAUUCAGGCUGUUCACAGACAUCUUCAAAUUCCCUCAUCAGAUACCCCUGUGGGCUCGUCAAACGGCGCGGCUUGUCCGCUGGUACUGUAACAAAGAAGGCCAGCCUGAGUAUUCUACAGUUGAUCCAGAGGAGGAUGCAUCACGUCUACCACUGGCAACAAGAUGCUCAACUUUGGAUGACACAAAACAAUGGUUAGAACAUCGUCAUGGCACCACGUUCUGUCUCUCCUCCCUUCCCAACUUCGACAUCCUCUUCUCGCUCCAACUGGCAGAUGAAUCAUUCCUAUGGGUCAGCAUUCGCGCAUGCGCUGUCGAUGAGCCUAUGUCUGAUGCAGACUUGAGUUCCAUCGUGGCCAAAAUGGAUAUUGAUCAACUUUUUUCCACCCAGGACUUAUCAUCUAAUUCCUUGACUACCAAACUCGCCAACCAAUUACGUUCUUUACCCGGUCUGAGAACGCGGCCGUCUCUGCUACGGGUAGUAUCAUCUUUUCCUGUCGUGACUUCCGUUGACCGGGCAGUCGAUAAACGCACACGAGAUGUCGCCAGCGUCAAUUUAAAGGGUCUUCGAGGGAGAGAAGACCAAGUGAUGCAAGAGGAUGUGUUUUGCGCCAUCAUCAACGGAAUCACCGCCGUGGGCCAGAAACGCAAGUCACGAUGGGACGACGAGGCAAUACAUCUCGGCAGCAAGAGAGUGAAGGAGCUUGUACCCAGCACCAGCCCCAUAUAUUACGAGGAAUACUUUGGGCGCGCAGAACCACAUUAUAAUUGGGAUGAGCGGAACUGA